GUACGUUUGACUGUCAGUGUGUGUGUGUUUCUAUAUGUGUGUGUGCGAAUUUAUUCAUGAGGAACCGUCUAAACUAAGUUAUUUUGUAUUAAAUAAUAUUUAAGGCAGCUUUUCUAAAACCACGGGAAAACGGCCGACUCCAGGAGAAACAGGCUAUCACCAUGGUUGCUACAAGCACGUUAAAGCCCAAAAGCAGCGAGUGUGUUUCAGAAUUGGCGGAUAGAAGAUAUGACCACGGUUGCAUUGAUGCAGGACUGGACGUCUGGUUAGACUGCUUAGAUGAGACCCAGAGGACCGCAGAUGCCACUGAGGACAGAACCUGUCAGCAGCUGGCAAAGAUGUUUGAAAACUGCCUUUCGCGGGCUAAGAAGACAACGCUACACUGCUCCUCUGUGCUGGUACCAGAGAAGCUAACGCGGAGAAUAGCUCGUGAAGUCCUGCGGCUGGCAUCUUGCGAGCCCUGCGGACUGCGUGGCUCUGUUCUCUACGUCCACCUGGAGCUGGACAAGGGAUGCAAGCAGCUCGAACGCAUCGUGUACGAUGCCACCGUGGUGCCUACAUUUGAGCUGACUCUUGUUUUUAAGCAGGAUGGCACCGCCUGGCCCAGCCUGCGGGACUUUCUUUUUAUGGGAACCUGCUUUGCGCCGACCUUUAAGCACGCACUUAAACUGAGUCCAGGUUUCCGUCUGGUUAAGAAAAAACUGUACUCCUCCUCGGCAGGUACCGUGAUUGAGGAGUGCUGAACUUUUGUAGGGAUUGGGGAUUUGGAUAUUGGGUUUCCUGUUGGGAAAUGCACUUCUGCCCAAAUGUAAAUGACACUCCAGUGGUGUCACGUUUUCUACAGUGUUUUUGUACAGCGCAGUGUUAACUAUUAGCCAGUCAGCGUUGGAUGUAAAGCCAGAAGCUUGUGCAUCAGAAAGCCUGAUUGUUCUGAUUCAAGUCUUUUUUUUUUAAUCAGCAAAAUUGUAAUGUUCUGGGUGUUUGUGUGUUUUCUAACAUUAGUUGCUCAAACACCAUUUGAAGUUGUACUUUUUGCAGAUGAAUGUAAACCUAUCCCAAAGUGUGAGAGGGACAUACUGUCGGGCACACUUUUCUUAAAGACACUAGACACUUUCUUGAGGCAUCUGUGUGUUUCCAGAUACGUUGAACGCUCAGCCACAGCGAGCACACAGAGGGCUGAAUAAGAGUCUGACAUUUAGUCUUUUGGGGGCCAUAUUCUGGUUGUGUGAUGCUGUAUUUAGGGCUGUGAUUGUUUUUAAGACUAUAUGUCUUGCGUAGAUGCUGCUGUCAUGGUGUGGGACUUCCCACACUAUAGGGGAAUAUGUGGAUGCCUUAAAUCUCAUGCACAUUUUUUUUUUUUUUCACACAGCGAUGUCACAGCUGCGUCUCUUUCUAAAUGUUUUAUUGCAUUUUUAUUUUUUUACCCCCCCUCCUCCGCCUGAUGCACCUUUUCAAUGCAGAGACUUUAUAAAUUAUUAAAGGAUGGUUCGCCCAAGUGAUGUGUAUUUGUUUUAACAAUUAACUUGUUAAAAAAAAUCCCAAAUCCCCCUCCCCCUUUUUAUUUUUUAACUUUCCAUUGUUUUUUAAAUUUGAUGUUGAAACAAA